AUGGAUCCCCGAUCGCACCCUUCGCGGCCUCCCUCCACUACCCUGCCUCAGGGUUCCACGCCGCUGUCAACUCCUAUUUCGAGUAUGCCUAUGCCUCAAUACUCGAUGCAGCCGCAGUACCCUGUGUCUCAGCCGCACACUCUGCCCCCGCUGCAGCCCCAUCAUUCUCAGUCUCCCGCGCCGCAUCAUCCCUACAUGGCUCAGCCAUACCGGCCAGACCUUUCGCGCUAUCCCGCGUCUACUCACGACGUGUACGGGGGAUCGACUGCCCCUAUCAUGCCGCACACGACCGUCGGUGGUCAGCCGCCGUCAUUUUUGUCGCAUCCUAAUCAUUCACAGGGCCACCAGUCUUACCCCCCGCCCCCAAGCGUGUUGCCUCCCGCGUCAUCUGCGCAGAGCUACCCCCAGCCAAUUGCUCCCGCUCCCCCCCGUGACCGUCGCGACUUCAAUGGUCUCCCCUCCGGAGCCUUCAGCUACUCCGAUGGCAAGUCUUGGGGUAUGGGUCCCGACGUGAAUGGCGCGAAUGGCUCACCUUACGGGGCCAAGGAACCGCCACGGACGCAGGUCGUGGGCUCUCAGGGCCGCCGUGGUAUUCUGCCGAGUGUCCCGGGCCGCGCGACUCCGGUCGCCAACGGUGUCAAUGGCGCCGCGAAGAGCACUACCAUUCCCGCCAAGGACGCCGAUGGCAAAUUCCCUUGCCCACACUGUAACAAGACCUACCUCCACGCCAAGCACCUUAAGCGCCAUCUCCUCAGACACACCGGUGACCGCCCAUACAUGUGUGUUCUUUGCAAGGAUACCUUCUCUCGCAGUGAUAUCUUGAAGCGUCACUUCCAGAAGUGCUCAAUUCGUCGCGGUAACCCAACGGGCGCGACCCACUUGUCGCACCCCCAGGCCCAUUUGAAACGGUCGCAACAGGCAGCGGCCGCCGCUGCUGCGGCGAACCCAGUGAAGCCUUUGGAUGAAGUUAGUAAUCCCGUCCCAUCUGCCAAUGGUGUCAUGGGUGCGCAAUUUAGCGAUGGGCAUGUGAAUGGAAACGGAAUGGCCGUUGGCCGUCCCGGAUACCAAGAUCAGCAGCAUCUGGGGUUCAGUAUGUCACCGGCCACCGGCAUGAGCCGUGGACCUGGUGACAACGCGUAUGCCGAUCAGGCAUCCGCGCGAGCCUCCUGGAUGGCGCCCAAGCCGAAUCCGUACCUUAUGCACUCUGGCCCUGAAGCCCAUGGUCAGCAACUGAGUGUUGAUCGUCCUCUUGAACAGGUAAAGCCCCUAGUCACUCCAGACCAUAAACAUCCGGUUAUGUCCGGCCCCCAUUCGAAUCAGCCGGGUGUUGACUGGACUUCGAUGUUUCAGCACAAUCCCUCCGAAGGUUACAUGAACCCGGUUUUCCCUCACUCCAUGGCCGCCGGUCAGGAGCCGAUCCACGCCCCCGUCGAUGCCGAGCGCAAGUUCUACCCCGCCACGACCGCGGGCGGCCCCGAAAGCGGUAUGAACGGAUUAUACCUGGCUUCGACCACUCUGAGCGGUGAUGGUACCGUUCAGCCUGCACGACAGUAA